UAUGACGGGAAUUAAAAUAUUAAAAUGAUAUACAACAAUAAACAACAUCCAUUUGGUUUUCGUCAGGGAAUUAAUUAUGUCCACAUCUUGAGUGACAUGCGUCGUCCCCGGGAGCCAGUUCUACCCACAGAAGACCGUCCAAAGGCCAGCCAGUGGGAAUAAUCAACCCCACGGACGAUGGCUGUUUUGUUUCCUUGAUUCUGAUUGAGUAUUCCGAGCUUCAAAGCGGUCUACAGCAAUUGCCUCCAUUUCACGAUGAAUCUGAUGCAGAGCUCCCUUGGCCAUUUUGCCCCCUCAUAAGAAGGGAAGAAUGCCCACUUAAACCUUCGAAAUAACGUGCUUGUGUGGAUCUAACUGCAGGCAUGGCCUUUCUAAUAAUAUACUAGUAAAGCUCUCAAGAAAGAAUGGAUAUCUUGUUAUUUCGCUGUCUUUGUGCGUUUUUGAGGCGACGGGAUUGUCAAAAUCCCCCCAGUUUUAUAUCGUACAAACCACCCACCCAUUGAGGGCAGAAAAAGCCUCCUGCUUCGGCUCGGGCAACUUCGUAGGUUAAGCACAUUGCGGGGUGAUCGACUUAUGUCAAUUAUUUUCUCCAGGCAGAAACAUCGUUGGGUAAUACCGUAAUAAAUAAUAAUGUUAUCCGCAUGCGGUGCAGAGCAGAAUGAGUGCAUUUGAAGGAAGCCAGCGCUGACUGGAUGAACAAAACAAAAGGAAACAGGAGGAUUGUUCCUAGCCCUUGUGUAUUCAAAGAUAUUCCUUACCAUAAAUACUCUACAGUUUCAUUGCCUUUGUAGCUUUUCUUGGGCUGGUAAAUAGUUAAUUAAAAAUAACGUGUUGUAGGUUGUACGUUGUACGUUGUUCGUACCAUGCAUUUUUACUCCUCUAUAGUUAAAUAUUAUUUAUUAUUAUUAUUGAUUAUUCCUGGUGAUCCUUCCAGUUCUCGCUCGCUUGGCUUGGCUUCCUUCGCUGCUCCAUCCCUCUCCACGCUCCAGCUCCCGCAACCCUCUAGCUGCGUCGAUUUCAUCUCUCCUCCUACGCUCACCCUGUCAACCACCGUCGCCUGUCCCUGCGCCUGUGGUCGAUUGUAUCGGAGAACUUGUUGAUCGAGUUGCUGAGCUGCAGUCUGCGCUCUCUGACUCCCCUCCCUUCUCCCCCUCUCCCCUCCCCCAGUCGCCUGCGCCUCCUGCAAACGACAUAUUGCCGCUGCCCCUUCUUCCCGCUUGCUAACGGGAUAUUCAAUUAUCUUCUCCCCCCACCUUUCCUUGAACCAAAAAAAAGGGGAUUGCUUCUCCUUCAAACGUUGGGGGUUAUUGAGCUUCUGCAUGGAUAUUUGGUGGUGAUCACGAACCAAUUGCGACUCCACUAUCAGUUCAGCCCAACGCCCAACCCAACCUGCAACCUGAACAUGAGCCGUUGCGCCGUAUCUUCUACCUAGCAUCGGCUCUCUUGCUGUUGCGUCAAACAGCCUUCUAUCCUUUGCUUUCCCAGGACGUACUUCCUUGUAACUCCGCCCGCUGAUCCGCUCGUUGCCGCGCUGCGCUGCGCUCGAUUCGACUGUCCGAUGACACAAGACACCAGACAGCCAUCUCGAGCUCCACGCGGCCAAUCCCAGCAGCGCCUACACUGACUCGACGCUCGUGUAUCGCUUCUGGGGGUGUGAAAUUACCCAAAUAGAACCCAGCUCCGCGAGUAUUUCAUCAUGGAUCCGCAGUGGCAGGCCUAUACUGAUGCCACUUCUGGUCGUCAGGGCCAGUUUAAUAACAAUGGCCUUGGGGGCCAACCACCGCAGCUGACACAAAGGUACCCAGGCACGAGUGCUGGCAAUGGAGCACAAUCACAGCCGUAUCAGCAACAGCAACAGCACCAGGCCCCUAUAGGAUACACAUACGAACCGUAUCAGACUCCAGGGACAGCGCUCAAAGCGCCAUCUGGUAAUUCGAUGUCGAAGACGGUAUCCAUGACCUCCUCGCCAACCCCUCUCGCUGGCGAGUUCACGGACCCGGAUAUCACCAUGGAAGAUGCAGAUCCUUACAACCGUGCAAAAUACGCUACCAAGCCAAGUCAUCAACGUGGCUCCUCCCAGUUUCUAUCGAGUGAAGAAUCCACCGCGGCGCGUAGAUAUUCCCCUAUGAGCGUUGUCCCUCCUGCUCAACCUUACACAGCUAGUCCCAAUACCUCUCAGAACCCCUACACUUUCCCUCCGGCUGGGUCGUCGCGGCCGUCACCUACAAGGGCCAACACAUAUUCCUCCCCCCCUCAGAACUACCAAUCCCCGCCAUCAACCGGUGUCAACUCUCGUCCGCAACCUCGUUUGCCUACGCUCCAGCCAGCGGACAUGAGUCCAGAACAGUACUAUCCACAUUCUGCGGCUACUCAGCUCAGCUCCGCCUUUGGACAGGAUAUGAAACCUAGAGGCCAACCGCCGCCGCAGCAUAACAUCCUACAGCACCAGCAACAACAUCAAAGGGGCCCCGUACCCAAGUUUGUGAAGAUUAAGACGACACAGGAGUUGAAGCCAAGGAUAAACGCCCAACCUGCAUUUCGGCGAGCCAAUCCCGAGGGGGGAUUCAUCAGCCCCUUGCAAGCCCUGACGACUCAUUUACCGUCAACUUAUCGAAUAUGCAAUCCAUCGUUUAAAUAUGAGUCCUCGAGGAAUCCCCGCCGUGUGCUUACAAAACCAAGUAAGGGCGUCAAGAACGAUGGGUAUGAUAACGAUGACAGUGACUAUAUCCUCUACGUCAACGAUAUUCUCGGAAGUGAGGAAGCCAAUCAUAAGAAUCGGUACCUUAUCCUUGAUGUUCUAGGUCAGGGGACAUUCGGCCAAGUUGUGAAAUGUCAAAACCUAAAAACUCAAGAGGUUGUGGCGGUUAAAGUUGUCAAAAAUAGAACGGCUUACUUCAAUCAAAGUAUGAUGGAGGUGUCAGUUUUGGAUCUGAUCAAUAGCAAACUGGACAAGAACGAUGAUCAUCACUUGCUCCGCCUAAAGGAUACAUUUAUCCAUCGACAGCAUCUUUGCUUAGUUUUUGAGCUACUGAGCGUGAAUUUGUAUGAGCUAAUCAAGCAGAAUCAAUUCCGCGGCCUCAGUACCACCCUUGUGCGUGUGUUUGCACAACAACUACUCAAUGGCCUAUCACUAUUGAACAAAGCCCGCCUAAUACACUGUGAUCUAAAACCUGAAAAUAUUUUGCUGAAAAAUCUCGAGAGCCCAAUAAUAAAGAUUAUCGACUUUGGAUCAGCAUGUGAUGAGAGACAGACUGUGUACACGUACAUUCAGUCUAGGUUUUACCGCUCGCCUGAGGUUCUCUUAGGCCUACCUUAUUCGUCGGCUAUUGACAUGUGGUCUUUGGGUUGUAUUGUCGUUGAGCUUUUCCUGGGCCUUCCAUUAUUCCCUGGGUCGUCUGAAUAUAAUCAGGUAUCACGGAUCACAGAAAUGCUAGGAAUGCCUCCAAAUUGGAUGCUUGAAAUGGGCAAACAAUCGGGCGAAUUUUUUGAGAAAACGCAAGAUGAGUUUGGCCGUCGGACGUACAGACUUAAGAGCAUGGAACAGUAUUCUCGCGAACACAACACGAAGGAGCAGCCAAGCAAAAAGUAUUUCCAGGCGACAACACUACCGGAAAUUAUCCGUAGUUAUUCAAUGCCGAGAAAGAAUAUGAAGCAAGCGGAAAUCGAUAGAGAAAUGAAUAAUCGCGUCGCGUUUAUUGAUUUCGUUCGUGGACUUUUGAACAUAAAUCCUCUUGAACGAUGGUCGCCGCAACAGGCAAAACUCCACCCUUUCAUCACGCAACAAAAAUAUACCCAACCUUUCGUACCACCGAUGAACCUUAAGUCUUCAGCAUUGAACAAGACCAUUGCACCUGGUGUACAGCAACAACAACAAGCGGAGGCUGCCAGUAAGCAACGCGCUGCUCAAGCACAAGCUCAAGCUCAGUCCGCCGCACAGUCGUACGCUCUCCAAAUGAAUAAUCAUUACACUCCACCUACACACGGACAACCUCCCCCAGUAUAUAACAACAUGUACAGCCCUCAUCAACAAGGUGCACCACCCCCAUAUCCUACCCAACAAGGUGCAUACGGUCACCAAAUGCCCGUCAUGCAACAGCAAGCGAGCCACAUGCCCCAGCAGCAAUUCGCGCCCUCCCAAAGUCUAUAUGCUCAGGCUACAACUAGAGCUGGGCGGCAGCGGGCAUCUACCAUGGACCAACAGCAAGGCGGGAUACCUCAGUCGAUCCAACGGGUCGCAAGCCAUCUUGAUCCGAAUGCGCCAAUUCGAUUACAGCCAAGCCCUGCUUAUUACCCCCCGCCCGCUGACGGUUAUGGCGACACUUCUGCUGCCGCAGCUGGACGCCGGAGGGGUAGUCGAUCUGGAGCCAGCGGGGCUGGAACCCAUGGACGCAACAAUAGGGAUUUCAUCCGGACACUUGAAGACGGUGCCAUGGGCGAUAACUUCAUGGGUCAGAAUCAGUGGCAUUGAAUUGACGAAUUGGGGAGCGGUUAUAAUUAUAUAUAUACAGUAUAUAUAUGUUCAUAGGAUGACGAGACGAUCGCCUCCGAUUUGCUCAUGUGGUAAUGGAUUUUUCUCCGAGUCAUAUCUUUUCUGGAACAAGUACAGAUGGCGUUGAUCAGAGGCAUUGUCGAUAUUCAACUCACCCCUGACUCAGGUGUCCUUUUCAGUUGUCUAGAUGUGUGGUAGUAUUCCUGACCUUAGUCUACUUUUGAAAAGAUAUGAACGGCAACAACCCCACUCCCACCCUCACCUCUACCCCCACCCUAAUUUCGACAGCUUUGGAUACGAUUGGAUAGGGCCUCGCACUUGGGGCAGAACAGAGGUCUUUCGUCUCGAAUCUCUCUGGAAUAAAAAUGGAUGCUCAAACGGAAGCGAGAAUGAGAGAAGAAAAGUAUUUCUUACGCCGACACGAGCUAGGGAACAAAAAGCGGGUUCAUUGUUAUGAUAUCGUGGAUUGGGAAUUGAGGAAUUUUGAUUCAUUUCAUUUUUCACUUUUAUAUUUUAUAUUUUCUUCUUUUCUCUUCUCUUUGAAACACCCAAAAAGGAUCUGUCCCUCCGUUCUUCUAGCUAUUCUUGUUUUCUCUUCUUCGUCUUCUCCUAACCUUUCUUCCUUUAUAUACGGAUGGGGAACCUUUUGAGCGGACUUUAGGGCUGGGGACGGGAUAGGGGUCCACGCAUUCGUGAAUGUUGAUGUUCAACAUACCUUCUCGCCCCCUGUGUCUUUCUAUUUUUCUCUUUCCUCUUCCUUCAUUUGUGAAUAUUUUGGAAAGUCAAGACUCUCAAUGCAACCUGACCCCCUCUUUAUUUGUGUUGUUUAGUAUUCUUUUGUCUUCCUUUUUGUUGUUGUAAUGUUCCCUGAAUUUUAUACUUGCCAAUAUCUGCUUUUCCACUUCCUCUUGCUCCUUCUCUUCUUAGUGUGUUUAACUGUGCUCCUCUCUUCUUUCCCUUCGUUUCUUUCUUUUCUUUUCUUUCUUUUUCUUUUUUACUUUUCUCCUUCGGCAUAGCGUUGGCGUGUUGGGGUUUUUAUUUUCUCUUCUUUUUGUCAAUGGGCAUAUAUAUAUACACAUAUCUACUCUUUUUCUUUCAAUUUUUUUUACCUUUCACCCUCCCCUUUUCAAAUUCCAACUUUUUCUUUUCUUUUCUUUCCAAUUGCCAAACCUGUACAUUUGGUGAUUUUGGCUCAGAAUUUUAGUCCCCUGCAGAUGUGUUUCUGCAGAUGUUACUUCAUAAUCAUGGCUGUUGCCUGUAGCUUGUUGGAUAUUUUAAUUUCUGAGAGAAAUCCGCACCUGUUUCACACGACCAAAUAAUUACUUUUUGCAAUCUUUACUGAAAGGAGUUUUACUCCCAGUGAGUUGGACCAUAAUGGCUAUUGCCAAAUGCGAAUCAUUGGAAUUUAUAUUUGACCCUUUGGUUGCAUUAAAGAGUAUAUCUCCUGAGUAAUUUGAACAGCCG